AUGUCGGAAAGCGCAUCGACUAGGCGAGUUUCCAAGAGAAAGAAAGCUGCAGAAGAUGAAUCGGAAAACUCUUCUGGUGGUAGCGGAGGGACAGGGAAGGGAAAGGGAAGGGCAUCCUCGAACGACGGCAACGUUGCGGUGAAGGUGGACCCUGAAGGGUCUGGUGAAGGGUUCAUCGAGCGAAUCCGUAAACAAAAGACGGAGAUAGUGCAUCUACGCAAAAGGAUCGCGGAAUUGGAGGGGGGGAACGCGAAGCUCACUCGGCGCGUCCAGGAGUUAACGUCUACGGUGACGAAGUCGGACAUGUUGGCCAAGGAGGGAAAGAAUUGUUUGAGGGAGGCCUCGGUUGCUAUUUCGAGAUUACAGGAGGUCAUCGUAGGGGAGAAGGAGGAUGGUAACUUGUGGGGGGAAGACGCCUCUGACACAGCGUGA